UAUAUAGUUCCUCUACAAGCUAGUUAGCUUGAUCAUUUUGGGUUUGUCUUUCAAUAAUUUACAGUCUCAUGCCUUUUUUUUUUUUUGAGUAAAAGAGAGAGAGAGAAAGAAAGAAUGGGAAGGGCUCCAUGUUGUGCAAAGGUAGGAUUGCAUAGAGGACCAUGGACUCCUAGAGAAGACACAUUGCUUACUAACUACAUUCAAACUCAUGGUGAAGGCAAUUGGAGAUCUUUGCCCAAAAAUGCUGGUCUUCUAAGAUGUGGUAAGAGUUGCAGAUUGAGGUGGAUGAACUAUCUAAGGCCAGACAUCAAGAGAGGCAACAUCACUCCUGAUGAGGAUGAUCUCAUCAUCCGACUACAUGCCCUUCUCGGCAACCGAUGGUCUCUCAUCGCCGGUAGGCUCCCGGGUCGAACCGAUAACGAGAUCAAGAACUACUGGAACACCCAUCUUAGCAAGAGACUUAGAAGGCAAGGCACUGAUCCCAACACCCACAAAAAACUAUCAGAGCUAGACCAGCAAGUACUCCAACAAUCCCAUAUCAAGAAAAGAAGAAACAACAACAAAAACAACAAGAAGAAGAAGAGUAAUAAUCAGGGGCCCACAGAGAUCGACUCGGCCCAAGAAAAGCCCAAGAUCCAUCUCCCCAAGCCCACUAGGGUUACUGCUAAUUAUUUCUCCAUACCAAGAAAUGAGAGCUUUGCCAUGUCCUCAUCAAGCCAUGGAGAGGAAGCAGUAAAUGUCCCUAAUUGGGGAGAAAAUCCAAAUGGGGUAAGUUUUCUUGGCGGUGAUGAGCUCAUUAAUACUAGUCUAGAGAAGCUCUAUGAGGAGUACAUGGAGCUUCUGAAGAUAGACGGUCAUGAUCAUGAUCAUGACCAAGUUCAAUCACAUAAUUCCUUCGCAGAGUCGUUGUUGAUAUUAUGAAAUUAAAAAAAAAA